GGUACGAUCAAAGAAAUACAACUUGCGAAGAUAACUGAGGAGCCGUGGAGGAACUUUCGGAGACGCACUGUUCGUUUAGCCAUACGCUCGAUUUUUACUCGUAAUCUAUCAAUCUGCUACUACGAUCAUAUCGGAUACAUGUGGUUUUUUACGUCGUGCCUCCACCGAUCACGCAACACACCCGGUCAGCCGACGGAGAUCUGGAGCAUGGACAUUUAAAUCUUUGAUUUGGAUUUGACAGAAUAGCACCGCGUGCUUCACUGGAACUCCACCAAGAUCUCCAGCUACCAUGUCUAGGGACGACUGCAGCUACAAGUAUGGCAUCGAGGAAAAGCCAUUCCAAGACGAGCUGAAGCCGAUACUGGACGAAAUCCGUUUCGGCGUAACAGACGUCCAAUUGUCCACACUUUCCACUAGCCACUUGGCCAGUUACUUCAACCUCGAGACCAAAGAAGGACGGCGCAUGUGCAUUAUGAUGUCACGGCAAGGGUUCCAGGUGGUGGGCAGCGACUACGACUGCCGGGACAUCGACAACGGAGAAACAUUCGAGACAAUCAACUCUCUGUUGGAUUCAUUCAGCCCUGCUUACCGACGGCUCUUCAGCGAAGCACUAGCUGCUAAGUUGGAGAAGCUGAAACAGAACCAGUGAAAAGAGGCCGCUCUGUGUACACCCAGAUUGCAGUUUUAAGUGUUUAAGUAGAAUUCACUUCUGUAAGACUCAUCUUGUCAGUUAGUGUGUUGCCAAGCACCAUCUGCUGGCAGACUUUUAGGAAGGCUUCUGGAAGCAAAGGAUUGAUAUAAGCUGAAAAAGAGCCAGUGAAGAGGAUGUACUUUUCACUAGAGAACUUGCUUUGCUUUUGUGAAGCUCCAAGUAUAGUGUCAGCACUUUGUUAAGUAUCAUUUCAUUUGGCAGUGUUUUGUGGGGUACUGCCCGGCUGACAAAUUAUCACAGAAACAUGAGGAAUCCGUAAAGAAAUGGUUGCCGACAAAGCGGCAAUCGAAAUGUAACCGAGCACAUGCCCGCAAAGUACUCAAGGAGUCGAUUUGUUAGUGACACAACUAUGGGGCUCAUGCCAAGCAUACUCAAGGAGUCGAUUUGUUAGCGAUACAAAUACACACCAAGCGCACAAUUCCACCGACUGCAGUGGUUCUUAUGUGCAUUAUAUAUUGGUGCCAAGUGUACUGUUCUAGUCAAACCACUUGUAUAUAUUCCACCCUUUCGACACCAAUAUUUUAAGUGCACAGAAUUUUUGCAGGCUGCCAAAACGGUUUCCCAACCAAUCAAAGUAGGGACUCUGGUCAACACAUGUUACUAUGAAGAGCGGGGCAGUUCAUUGCCAAAAGGUUGCACUCCAAGACAUGCUGGGGCGUCGCAUUAUUUUACUAGAUCCCGCUAUGCUUCCAGUUGUAUUCCAUGUCGCAAUGUCGUCUAUGCCGAGAGUGUGUUAAUUAAACCGAACACAUUUUUGCAACGAAAGCCAAUAAAGGAAUACAAAACGUA